CUUAAUAUUGUUGAUAGCUAUAUAAAAGAAUAUUGCAGAAUGAUGUCUUCUUCUUCUUCUUCUUCUUCUUCUUAUCACUUUAUUGUGAUAGCUCUAUUAUUCUGUGCUUUUUUGCUUGGAGGAGGAUCUCUAUGCCAUGGCCAGCUGACAAAAACAUUUUAUAACGAAACAUGUCCAAACGUGUCGAGCAUCGUCCAUGGAGUUAUUGCAGAGGCGUUGCAGAGCGAUCCCCGGAUUGGCGCCAGCCUGAUCAGGCUUCAUUUCCAUGACUGCUUUGUCGAUGGUUGUGAUGGGUCAAUUUUGUUGAACAACAGCGACACUAUAGAAAGCGAGAAAGAGGCUGCCCCAAACAAUAACUCAGUGAGGGGUUUUGGUGUUGUCGAUGACAUAAAGACUGCGCUGGAAAACGCUUGUCCCGGCGUUGUUUCCUGCGCCGACAUCCUCGCCAUUGCAGCUGAAGAAUCAGUUUUAUUGGCAGGAGGUCCGUCGUGGGAAGUUUUACUUGGAAGAAGGGAUGGGACAACAGCAAACAGAACUGGUGCUAAUGUUGCCCUUCCAGGACCCUUCGAGACUCUGGACGUUCUAAAAUCCAAGUUCUUAGACGUCGGCCUGAACACCACUGAUUUGGUUGCUCUUUCCGGUGCUCACACAUUUGGACGCGCUCAGUGUGUGUCAUUCAGUGUUCGUCUAUACAAUUUUAAUGGCACUGGAAGUCCUGAUCCGACCUUGAACUCAACCUACUUACAAACUCUCCAAGGAAUAUGCCCGACGAACGGAACUGGAACUGAGCUAACCAAUUUGGACCUGACUACGCCAGAUGCUUUCGAUAGUUACUACUUCUCUAAUCUUCAAAGCAACAAGGGCCUUUUGCAGAGUGAUCAAGAGCUGUUCUCAACCAACAGGGCGGAUACUGUUAACAUUGUCAACUACUUUAGUGCUUACCAAUAUGCUUUUUUUGCCAGCUUUGUGGAAGCAAUGAUCAAAAUGGGGAAUAUAAGCGUGUUGACAGGGACAGAAGGAGAAAUUAGACAAAACUGCGCCUUAGUUAAUGCAAACACUUAUGGUUCAAAUGGUCUUUUACAUAGCUCUAUUUAAAUAUAGAGAGAUAAGACCAAGUAGUACUGCAAAUAAGCCAUUGAUGCAAGUUGUA